UCAGUGUCCUACCUUUAGCCUUAGCUGCUAACUGCUAAUGCUACCAAGCUAACAUUAGCUCAUCAGGCUGACAGCAGAGAAACGUUAGCAUCGUUGGCUAACCCUGUAUCCCGGCUGACAAAUAUUCUCCUGUCGCGAACUUCGAAGAAGCAACUUUACCAAAGACUAGAUAGCGUCUCGUAGUGAGGAUGUCUUUGAAUGAAGAGGGGUAUGUGGUUCGGAUCAGAGGACUACCCUGGUCCUGCACACAGGAGGAGGUGGCCAGUUUCUUCUCAGACUGUGACAUCGUUGGGAAAGUAAACGGAGUGUGUUUUACUUACUCUAAAGAAGGCCGUCCCAGUGGAGAGGCAUUUAUUGAGCUGAAAACAGCCGAAGAUUUCAAGAAUGCCCUUGCCAAGGAUCGUAAAUACAUGGGACACCGAUACAUAGAGGUGUUCAAGUCAAACCGUAGUGAAAUGGACUGGGUGCUGAAACGUAGCGGUCCUGCUGACUAUGACAGCUGCAGUGGCUGCAUGCUGAGACUUAGAGGCCUGCCCUUUGGCUGCAGCAAGGAGGAGAUUGUUCAGUUCUUCUCAGGGUUGAGAAUCGUGCCAAAUGGGAUUACUCUGCCAGUGGACUACCAGGGGAGGAGCACAGGGGAAGCCUUCGUGCAGUUUGCCUCAAAGGAGAUAGCAGAAAAGGCUCUGGGGAAACACAAGGAAAGAAUAGGGCACAGGUAUAUAGAGAUUUUUAAGAGCAGUCGUAAUGAGAUCAGAGCCUACUAUGAGCUGCCCCGUCGGGGGAUGGGAGGCCAGAGACCAGGCCCCUAUGAUAGACCCAUGAUGGGGGGUCCAAGGGGAGGGUUUUUUGGGCCCGGGCCUGGCCGUGGUGGGACACUGAUGGACACCAUGAGGAGUGGAGGAGGUUAUGGAGGAGGUUACGGUGGCUUUGACAGCUACAAUGGUUUCAACAACUACUGUUUUGGCAACGGCAUGUUUGAUGAGCGAGUGAGGGGAGAGAGGGGAGGAAGAGGGAUGGGAGGCCACGGUUAUGGUGGUCAAAGUGAUGGUGGCUCAGGCUUUCACAGCGGCCAUUUUGUCCAUAUGAGGGGUCUACCUUUCCGUGCCACAGAGGGAGACAUCGCAAAGUUCUUCUCUCCUCUAAAUCCACUGAGGGUCCACAUCGAUGUGGCUCCUAACGGCAAGUCAACCGGAGAAGCAGAUGUGGAGUUUCGCUCCCACGAAGAUGCUGUGGCAGCCAUGUCCAAAGACAAAAACCAUAUGCAGCAUCGCUAUAUUGAGCUGUUUCUCAACUCAACAGCCAGUGGAGCAGCUGAAAUGAAUCGUGGCGGCGGCGGUUACUAUGGUAACUCAGGAGGGGGCGGAGGCUCACGGAGCAGCGGGCUGCGAGGUGCAUACUGAUGAAAUCAUCCCACUCUUCCAAUCCAUCCUGGCGUUUGUCUCACGUCUCUUGAGGCCACAUUUACUCAGCUAACAUUUCUGAGCAGGAAAGCUGAUGUGAAGUCGCUUGUUUUUGUUACAGCCGUUCUUGUGACUGAGGGGUCGCAGUAUAACUUCACCUAAGAUACUACAAACAGACCAAAUAUGAUCUUAACAAGCACUAUUAUCACACCAUUCCUAAAAGCAUACGAAGAACAGAACAACUCAUCAAUAUUAAAUGUUGGAGCUGUUGUAGGUGCUGAAUAUGGUCAAUGGGAGAUUUGUUGUUUAUAUUUUUAAAACUGAAUAAUGUUGUAUAGUUUUUCAUUCCAUUGAUUGAAAGGGCAGUAGCUGCAUGCGUUACAGUUUUUUGUGACUUUAUUGAGAUGCACUUUAAUUUGUUUUGUUACACAUCUGUUGGCGAGGGAUGUAAAUCAGUGCAGAUGCAGCAGGGAGGCAGACCUUCAUUGGACACAGAUUAACAGAUGCUGGAUUUCGAUUGUCAGUGCACUGUCAGGACUGAGCAUGGUCACUCAAAAGUCCAGUCACUUGAUGAUAAUAGUGCUUUGGCUUGGAUGAUGUGUUGAGGUGAAUGAUGCUCUUACGGGCGAGCAGUGAGAAGCAACGUCAAAACAAACAAUUCUAGGCAAGAAAUUCAGAUGUUUCAAAAAAUCUUUUAAAAAUCUUUGUUCAUUCUGAUUAAAACUUUUCAGAAGAACAUUUGACCAUCCUGUAACUAUUUUAAAUCUGAUUCCAGAUCAGCUUUCCUGCUUGGAAAAGUUUGAUAAAUGAGAGCCAUUGUGUUUUUUAUGAAUGUUUUCACAGUUCAUUACAGAGUUUAAAACUUAAGUUGAAAAUUAUAUCCCACUCUCAAAGAGUGGAAGUGAAAUAAAGUCUCUAUAUUUGAGCUGUAAGAUAGCUUAUGCAGCUGUUGUACAUUUUGCCUAAUAAAUUUUAUAUUUAAUUCUC